ACCUUUUUUGGCGCAGCAAAGAGCGAGCAACGAUGGCAGAUGAGGUCGAACAACAGCCAAUUGAGGCCGCGCCGUCGCGGGGUCGCCACAUAGCGAAGAGGGCUCUCAGAAAUAAAGCUCUUUCCAUCACUUUCGACGAGAAAGAUCUCAGGAACUAUGUAACUGGGUUUCACAAGAGGAAGAAGAAACGAAGAAAGGAAGCCCGGAAGCAACAAGAGGAGGCUCAAAGGAGAAAGCGCAUUGAGGAGCGCAAAAAGAGGAGGCUAGAAAGAGAUAUUGCCUUAUAUGGUGGAGCUCCACCAGCUGCUGAUUCAAUAGUCAAUGGCAGUGACAGUGAGUUCAGUGAGGAGGAUGAAGAUAGUGAUCCAGUUCCGUCAGUUUCUGGCACAUCAACAUAUGACAAUGGUGACCUAAAAGUCACGGUGACAACAAGCGAAAUCUCUCGCGAGGACGAAGCCUUUCCAAUUGAAAAGAUAGGGGAACGGGCGGUAGCCCAAUCUGUUACCGCUCAAAGAAAGCACAAUGUGCCUGUGACUAAGAAGAAACCGUUCAAGAGAGUUGCGAGAAGUAAAUCGAGGCCAAAAUCCCACAACAGAAAAGAUAAGAAGAAAGCAAAGAAAAAGGGCAAGAAAGGGAGGUAGCUGAUUAGGAACUUCCUCUUGGUUCUGUGGCUUUAGUCCUUGCUUCAAAGUUCAAACAGGUCUUAAAUCUGUGUGGCUAUAAUUUUGACGCUCUCUUAUCUAACUUGUUUGUCUCUUUAAAGGAUCAUGUGGUUCCACAACAUAACAAAAACAUAAAGAGUGGUCCACAUGUGAAUGCCUUAAUGAUUUUAUCUUGGGAGCAUUGUUGCUAUCAAAGUCUGUUAUCAUGUAAUUGUCAAUGAAAAGAUGCUCAUUCACUCUUGUAUUUUUUAAAAGAAACUAUUCGUGGUUGAUAAUCCAAUAAUGUUUUGAAUGGUUUAUGUUU